CAUUUUUAUUAUUUAUUGUGAAACUGAUUGUCCACGUGCCAGCAGCACGCGAUGGGUCGGUCACCUUUCAGCAGGCGCACUGAAUGAACAGACGGGUGACGUAUUGCACAGCUGAUCUGGCAACAACUGGCAGUUCACAGAAAGAGCCGCAUGUGUCUCCGCGCAGGAUAUAAUUAAACGCAUUUAGCUUCAGCAGUGCGGGAAAAAGGUGCGAAGAUGAAACGAACAUGAUUAGUACCGAUGGCCCCUCCAACAAGUGCGCGGAGACCCGGGACACCGAGAAGGGGAAGAAGCAACCGCCAGAAAUGCUGCACCUCAUGUUCGCUGUCUCCGUGUGGCUGGUGACGGGCACCACCAUUUCCAGCCUCAACAAAUGGAUAUUCGCCGUGUACAAUUUCAGAUACCCGCUGCUUCUGUCAGCCCUCCACAUGCUGACAGCGAUAGUGGUGGACUACGGACUGAUAAAAUGCAGGGUUAUCCAGCACAGAGGUAUCGGCGAGCAGGAUUUAACAAACAGCGCCAAAUUCAAAGUAUUCCUGUUGAGUUUGACAUUCUGUGCCAGUAUCGCGUUUGGAAACGUGGGACUCAAUUAUGUGCAGCUUUCGUUCGCACAAAUGAUCUACACCACAACGCCGCUGUUUACACUGGCUAUUUCCACGCUGAUUCUCGGGAAGCAGCACCACAUCCUGAAGUACACCGCGAUGAUGCCCAUCUGUCUCGGGGCGUCGUUCAGCAUUAUGGGCGAGGUGCAGUUCGACCAGACCGGCUGCUUGUUUGUGUUCGCCGCCACCAUGUUAAGAGGCGUAAAAACCAUUCAACAAAGCAUCUUGCUCCAGGAGGAGAAGAUCAACUCUAUCUUCCUACUGUAUCUGAUGUCCAUCCCCAGCUUCUGCAUCCUGGCCGUAGCCGCCCUGGUUCUGGAGAACUGGGCAGCGCUGCAGUCCCCUCUCCAGUAUGACCAUCACCUCUGGGGUUUCAUCUUGCUCAGCUGUCUGGGUUCAGUGCUGUACAACCUGGCCAGCUGCUGUGUCAUCACCCUGACCUCCGCUGUCACGCUGCACAUCCUGGGCAACCUGAAUGUGGUGGGGAACCUGCUGCUCUCCCAGCUGCUGUUUGGGCACCAGCUGACGGCUCUUAGCUGUGCUGGAGCUGCGCUCACCCUCUCGGGCAUGAUCAUCUACCAAAACUGUGAGAUCAUUGUAGCUUACCUCGACGCACGUAGAGCCAGGACACCAACCGGUAACAGUGGAGAGGACGUGCGAGGAGAGGAGAAUGACUCGAGCAUAUCAAAGACGACUCCAGAACCAGCUACACAACCUUGUUCAGAAGACGACUCAUCUGCAGAACCAGCUCAAGAACCUAACGAGAGGACAGAGGAUCAGAUUCAUGAGAAAACAGACUAAAGAGACUGAAGAAAGACUGUGUUCCAAAACCUAGUGAGCUGCAGUGCUGUCUAUUGCCAAACUCUGGACUUUUUUCUUGCAUGGAGAACAAAAGAAUACAAUUAAAGUGAAAAGUGAA